AUGAAGGCAGUAUUAUUUUUGUGUUUGUUGGUUACACUCGUGGCUGCACAAGACGAAUCAGGUAGCUGUGGACCAAACGAAGUGUUCCGCUAUUGUGGGACCUGUCAGACUACUUGUUCUAAUCUAAAUCCUAUUUGUAUAUUUGAAUGUGGUCGGCCAGGCUGCUUCUGUACUUCAGGUUACACUAAAAACUCAGAUGGAGCUUGUAUACCAAUUUCAGAAUGCCCC